GAAUUUUCUUCUAUUUUGGUAGCAGCAGCAAAUGCUAAAAUGGAGGAGGAAGAGGAGGUAGAGGAAGAGGAAGAGGAGGAUGAGGUAGUAGUCAUGGAGGAGAAGGAAGAGGAGGUAGAGGAGGUAGAGGAGGUAGAGGAAGAGGAGGAAGAGGAAGAUGAGGUAGUAGUCAGCAGUUACAAGGUUACUAUGAGGGAAAACAUGUUUGGCCGUGUAUACUCCAGGAAAAGGAGUAAGAAGAAUGACUUGCCAGUUGUUCAGGAGUUCGGUGUGCCAGCAGUUACAUCAGCAGGUGAUGACGUGGUUGAAGCGGUGGAGUCGGAGUCGCGG